AUGGCAGCUACAUCAGUACCAUCCAAGGAGGCACUGGUGAUCAUCUUGGAUAUUGGUCUGGGCAUGCAUCAUCACACCAAUGAAGCCAAGCAUGCAUCCACAACAACACCAAUCGAAGAGGCAUUAAAGUCUGUCACUCUAUUGUUUCAACAAAAGUUGAUAUAUGGAAAGAAGGAUGAGCUGGGAGUUGUAUUGGUUGGUACAAAGGGUACAAAGAAUAACUUGCAAAAGGAUGGAUAUCAACAUAUUACAAUGCAGUCAGAGAUUGAGGAACCAAAGAUAGAGACACUCAAGUAUCUUGAGAAUCUAUCACCAGGUGAAUCACGUGGAGAUCUGAUCGAUGCAUUGAUUGUUGCUAUGGAUAUGCUCAUCAACAAGACUGAGAAGAAGAAGUAUCAAAAGAGAAUCUUCUUGGUCACCAAUGCCAAUGAUCCAAUCAACAAGGAAGACCUCUCCACACUACAAGAGCAGUUCAAGAAGAUAGAUGUCAAGCUUAACAUAAUUGGAGUGGACUUUACAGAUGAAGAGGAAUUGGAGAAUAAGAUCAAGUUGACAAACAAGGAGAAGAAUGAGAAGUUCUUGAGAGAGUUUGCUGAAUCGGUGAAUGGAGUGUUGGUGCCAGUCAAGCAGGCGUUGGAGAUGAUGAGCUUCUUUCGUUCACAGUCGGUGCUGCAGCGCACGACGUUCAGAGGCAGUCUGGAGAUUGGUUCCAAGAACAUCUCGGUCUGGGGCUACAUGAAGACCAAGAUACAGAGCCUUCCAACGCUGGGGAAGAUAUCCAACGUGUCCAAGGACGCCGCGGCCGUCGCAGCGGCAGCAGCAUCCAAUGGCAAUGGCAAUGACGACGACGACGAGGUCAGACGAUCGAUGCAGGUCAAGCAGGAGAAGAUGUUCUACAGUAUCUCUGAUCCAGACAAUGAGAUCGAUCACAAGGACCUGCUCAAGGGAUACAAGUAUGGCAAGUCCCUGAUACCAUUCUCAAAGAUUGAUGAGAGUGCCAUGAAGUACACUGCAGACAAGUGUCUCAAAGUGAUUGGCUUCACAGACCUCGAGUCCAUCCCAUUCUACUACAGCAUGGGCUCGUCCGAGAUGUUACUGCCACCACCCAAUGACAAGCCAGCCGAGCAGGCACUAUCCUCACUCAUCCACGCACUUGCAGAGACCAACCAAGUUGGACUCGUGCGCUAUGUAAAGAAGAAUGGUAGCAAUCCAUAUCUUGCCUAUAUAUUUCCACACAUCAAACCAAACUAUGAAUGCCUGUACUUGUGUACAAUGCCAUUCGCUGAUGACAUUAGACCAUAUCAAUUCCCAAACAUAUCACCAACCAAUGCCAAUUGUAAGAAGCAGUAUAUACCAUCGGCUGAACAGUUGGCCGCAGCAGGCACUCUGAUCGAUUCAAUGGACUUGAUGACAGCCGAGGAAAAUGAGGAACGUCAACAGGUGCCAGCACUGCGACCACGCUACACGUACAACCCAUCAUUGCAACACUUUUAUCAAUGUCUACAUUAUCGCGCUCUGCACCCGAGUGCACAACUGCCAAAACUGGACCCAGUCAUAUCAAAGUACAUCAACCCGGACGCCACCGUGCUGGAGCAGGCGGCGCCGGCCAUCGAGGAAUUCCAGCGUCUGUUCCCACUCAAGCCCACGCCGGCCUUCAAGGACACGUCGACGACAAAGUAUCGCUGGAAGGAUGGAGUGCUGGUGGCCGAGGAGAUCAGACUCGACUCGUAUGUGGGCGCCGACGACGGCUCCAAGAAGAGAAAGGCCGACGACAUGGCUGGCCUGUCGCUCGACAAGCUGGUGUCGGGCUUUGUCAACGAGGUCGGCUCGGUCAACCCGGUGCAGAACUUCAAGGACAUGCUGGCACGUCGCGAUGUCGACCUGGUGGACAAGGCCGUCGCGCUGAUGAAGCAGCGCAUCGUUCAGCUGGUGAACGACUCGCUCAAGGACCAAUUCUAUCAAAAGGCAUUGGACUGUGUCGUGGAGCUGAGGAAGGGCUGCAUCAAAGAGUCCGAGUCUGAGGAGUUCAACACAUUCCUGGGCGAACUGCGCGACUAUUAUGAAGGCAAACGACGUGAUGACUUUUGGCAACUACUUCGUGUACAAUCAAUCACAUUGAUCAGCACGGCAGAGAGUGAUGACAGUGGAAUCAGCGAAUCAGAUGCACUUGCAUUCCUUGGUUCCAAGCCCACUGCCGCUGCACCCGUACUCUCCACACCCAAGUCAGACUCUGUCGAUGAUCUCUUUGACCAAAUUGAGUAA